AUGAACAACCAGGCGCGGGCCCCAGCUCCUUCCCCGGUCUGGCCCUCGGCCUCGGUCCGGGCCUUGACUCUGGCCUGGGGUACGACCCCGGUCAGGACUUCGAUCCAGGUUUGGACUCCGACUCUGGUCCCGGCCUUGGGCCCGAUCCAGACCCUGAUUCUGGUCCGGACCCUGACACCGGUCCAGUCCCCGACUCCGGUCCAGAUCCUGACUCCGGCCCGGAUCCCAACCCCGACCCCAUCUCAGGUCCUGCUUCCUGCCUCGGAAUCAUUUCCGAACUCGGCCCUAUCUUUGGAUCUGCCCUAGGAACCUGAACCCGAGCUCACUUUGUCAUCUGAUAGGGAUCCUGAGCCAGCCUUGAGGGUGAAGCACGUCCCAUCUGUCACCGAUGGAUUUGGUCCCAUCCAAGAGCCCUUUCCUGCCCUUACUCCACUGGCCACCGAUUUACUGGGGCCCCCCCUUGGGUCCACUCUGAGGGCAGACCUAUCGGCCACCAAGUUGACAGAUUCCUCUUCUGGACAUAUCCUGGGGACGCCCAUCCUGGGGGCCAUCCCGGCAUUAGCUGUCGCCUUACCGAUUUCUACCCAUGCGUUCGCCUCCACCAGCAAGAACAUCCACGUGGACGGAAGGAUCAUGAUUCGAGGGGUUGGCCUCUGAAGCUAUGGACUUCGGUAUAUCCUACUGAAAAAGAGUCUGGAGCAGCAAUUUCCAAACUGUCUACUCUUUGAGGAGGACAUAUCUGCCCAGGCUACAGGGGAAUUUGAAGUGUUCGUGGACGGGAAACUGGUCCAUUCAAAGAAGAAAGGUGAUGGCUUCGUGGAUGAGACCAAGCUGCAGAAAAUUGCGAGCCUUAUCAAUGAGGAGAUCAAGAAAAGGUAG